AUGGAUGACUUCCUCCAGUCCCUAAACGGCUAUAUUACUCAAUCAGGUCUUAAGUGGCUCGAGCCUAGAUAUUAUAUGGGUAUUGCAAACUACUGCAGCUUAAAACGCACUGUGUCGAUGAUGAAUGCAUUGCUUGGCUUUUAUAAAAACUAUAGUCGCAUUGAAGAAAGCGCUCUGCCUAGAACUGAGUUUCAGAGGCCAUUGCCCGAAGACUACGCCAUGCGAGGACUUACAUGGGCGGACAGAGUGUCCCCUAAUACUUUCUUCUCGAACGAGAAGAUCGACGAUGACGAGAAGUACGUUGACUUUCCUUUCACGGCCGAGGAGCGCAAGGAGCGCGUAUUGUGGCUGGGACACAAGAUUGCCAGUUCGAGAAAAUGGCUACGGUAUAACUCGUCGAUUCAUGAGUUCAGCGUUGAUGACGACGAGGGUGACGAGGGUGACGAGGGUGACGAGGGUGACGAGGGGGGACAGGGAGGAGCGGUGGAAAAGGAGCGGUGGAGGGGAAAAGGGAGUUGGGAAGAAGGAUAA